GAUGCACAGGGGUCGCACCUGCGCACAGAUACGACACAUUUGUUGUUUCACGAAAUCUAGGGACCAGGAUAGCAGACUGGAGCUUUUUGCACCCGUAAUCACAGAAAAGUUAGACGAAAAAUAUCACAAGGCAUAUCCUUUUAUGUGUGCUCUAUGAUAAAACAGUAUGGAUCAGAGUGAUACAGAUUGGGGAGGAUGGAAUACAAGAGAUUCCAUGGAUGGAGAUUCCUUCUCCAGGAGGGAGGAUUCCAACCUCAGUAUGGGAGACACCAAGUCAGAUUCUGUGUAUGAUGGGAGCAAUAUAGGUAAUGAUGAUGAAUACAGUAAUAUGUAUGAUGACUACAAUGACGAUUACCAAGAUGGGUCAGACACUGAAGAUGAUGAUGACGAUGAAAAUGAGCGUCCAUACACAUCAACGCCUCAGUCCAUGCCAUUUAAGUUUAUUAAUGGAAAAGAUGGAAUGGCUACUUGUGAAAAAUGUGGUGCUGUUGGAAUAAAGCAUGCGUUUUACUCCAAGUCAAAGCGUUUCUGCAGCCUUUCUUGCUCUAGAAGUUUUGCCACUUCUCAGAGGGAGGGUAAACAGAGUCCAACAGGAAAGGGAGAUGGAGUCAUUUCUCCUUUGCCACCAAAGAAGCCAGCUGCUAAAAAAUUGGCAAAUCAAGCCCAUCUCCAGCGGCCUGUGGACAAUGUGCCCAGAACCCUGACAAAGAGAGCAGGUGGAUUGAAAGGUUUUGACUGGGGACCUUACUUAUCCUCGGGAGGAGCUGAGGCAGCACCUGUCAGCUACUUCAAACAUUGCCCUAUGUAUGAUAGCUGGCACAACAUUACCACAGGGAUGAAGCUGGAGGUCAUUAACUUCGAGUGUGAUCUAUCUAGUGACGCAUUCUGGAUAGCCACUGUCAUCAAAAUAGGAGGAUAUAAGGCACUGAUGCGGUAUGAGGGCUAUGCCAAUGACCCGUCACAUGAUUUCUGGGUCAAUCUCUGUACAGAUGAGGUCCAUCCAGUUGGCUGGUGUGCUACAAGUGGGAAACCUCUUGUUCCCCCAAAGUACAUUCAGAACAAGUAUGUGGAUUGGAAAGAAUACCUUGUAAAGAGAUUGACAGGUUCUAGAACUCUGCCCAAUAACUUCUACAACAAGGUGGUGGAAUCCAUCAACAGCCAUGGUUUCAAGUACCACAUGCAGGUAGAAGUGGUUGACAAAAUGUGUGUGUCGGCCAUGCGUGUUGCCAGGGUAGAGGAAAUCAUAGGAGGGAGACUGAGACUGCAAUAUUCUGACACUAAGGAGGAGGACGACUUUUGGUGUCACUGCAGAUCCUCUCUAGUCCACCCCAUCGCCUGGUCACAGCAGAGUGGGCACAAACUUCAUGCCACUAAUGAUUAUAGAAACAAGUGUUUAAAUAAGAUUGCUGUUGAAAAAUAUGAUGCUAAUGAUGCUACACCAAGUUUGUUUUUCAAAAUGAAAGAACCCCCAAAUGGAUUAAAAUUUCAAGUUGGAAUGAAGCUUGAAGCUAUUGAUCCAUUGAACCUCUCUGCAAUCUGUGUUGCAACAGUUAUGAAGGUGCUGAAGAAUAAUUACCUGAUGAUUGGUAUUGACGGGUCCAUGGCAGAGAAUGGGUCUGAUUGGUUCUGCUACCACGCCACCUCACCCUGUAUAUUUCCUGUGGGGUUCUGUAAAAUCAACGGCCUUGACCUUACUCCUCCCAGAGGUCACAAGGGUCCAUUUAAAUGGUUUGACUAUCUGAAACAAACCAAAGCUAUAGCAGCACCUGUCAAAUUAUUUGACAAAGACAUACCUAAACAUGGUUUUAAGAGUGGGAUGAAGAUUGAAGCUGUGGACUUGAUGGAGCCAAGGCUGAUCUGUGUGGGAACAGUGCUACAAGUGGUGGGGCGCUUACUGAGGGUCCACUUUGAUGGGUGGGAGAACGAGUAUGACCAGUGGGUGGACUGUGAGUCCCCAGACAUGUACCCCGUGGGAUGGUGCGAGGUCAUGGACUACAGUCUGGAAGGACCAAGGGUCAAAGUGGAACAAGUUCAGCAAAUUAUGCCAACACACAAAAUGUCAAAAGAGCAGAAGAAACGCAAGGGUAAAACGCAGAUUUACAAAGGCCCAAGAAAGAGUAAGAAAACCGAGAGGAAGACAAAGAUGGGGUCUCCUCUGGCUGACCAGCAGCAGAGGUCUCUGCAAGAAAACAACAGGGAUCAGGGCUUCUUGUCGUAUGGAAGCCGCACACGACCAGCCCACCACAGUCUGCCACCGCUGGUAGAUCCUGUGGUGACUGCCGUCCCUAAAGGAUCCCAAGAAAUGGAGACAUCUGACACCAGUACCAAUGAUGGGCCGCCACAACUCAGCCCUCAUUCUAUCACAGAGAACCAGCUAAAACCCUCGUCACAAACACCGCGUCAUUCUGAUAGUCAUACAAAAUCUACAUCACAGCCAUAUGUCAAACAGGAACCAAUGGACAUUAGUGACAAUCUGUCAAAUCAAUCCAAUACCAGCAUUUCCAGUUCACCAAAUGGGAAAACAGCCUUGUCCAACCUGUUGAUGUCAAAAACCACCAAUCAAGUCAAAAUCAUCACACCUGCAUCUUCCCAGGGUAAUGAACAGAUGUCGUUAUUAGCGGCACGUCAGUCAACGGUGUCGCCUGAUCAGUGGUCCGUGUCCGACGUCUGCUAUUUCCUGAAGUCGCAUGACUGUGCCUUGUACUGCGAAAGCUUUGUCAAAAUGGGGAUUGAUGGCCAGAGGUUGCUUACGCUGUCAAAGGAGCAGAUUGCAAGCAUUACUGGAAUGAAAGUGGGUGCUUCGUUGAAGAUCUCGGAACUUGUUCAGCAGCUAAAGUCAAGGUGCAGCAAACCUAAUGUGUAAAAACAAAACGGCAAUUCACGACUAUCUGGUAUAAGGCAGCAUAUUCAUCCAGACUUUUGUACAAUUCUGCUGUUUACUGCUUUACUGUAGUGCGUACAUUUCCUUAACCAGCAGAUGGACCUAGUGCAAUUCCCCCUCAUUAAAACCAUUGUUAAGGAAAUGUAUUCUUUGUUAUUUCUAGUUAUGUUAUGUGAGAGUACACGUAGUUUAUGGCUGUUGAUUAUUCUUGUCAAAGUUUCUUUUAUUUGUUCAUAGGAGUUUAAUUUCUUAAGUUUUUGUCAUUUUGUGUACAAUAUAUGAGAUAUUACUUGCCAACAAGAAUUUUUCUGUUACCAGAUUAAAAUUGUAGCAGAUUUAACUGAAUUAGUUUGUUGAUUAGAUAAUUAUAGCUAGGGUCCACAUUAUUCUGUUGAUUGUUAAGUAUGAGAGGCUAUGACUUGAAAUUUCUGAUCUGUAUGUUAUUUUUAUUUACAUUUUUAUUCCAUGAAUGAUUGGAUUUUUUUUUUACCACAGCAUGUAAUAUUCAAUUAAAAGUAUAUUUUAUUAAAAGUAGUUUGGCAAUUGAAAAGUUGUACGUUAAUUUUGUUAAAAAUUACAUGACUUACUGUCCUACAAGAUACUGAUAUAGGGAAAUAUUCACCCCUUUUGCCCUCAUUGUCAGGGUGCUAUCUUUUUUGGUUCCAUUUGCUUCUGUUUGGGCCAAUUUAAGGUGUAUGUUAAGGUAUACAUGUAUGUAUCCAAGUACUGGAAAAUAAGUAACAAGAAGUUAGGGACUUUUGGCAUCUGAAUCUUGUUCUUGGUGCCUCCUAUUCAAUUUAAUUUUAAGUCUCUCAAGCUAGGACUUGAUAUUGCAUCAAGUCAAGCUUUUGGAGUCACUGUUACAAAAUCUUUUAAUUAAAAAAAAGGAUUGUUUAUGGUAAAACACACUAGAAACCAGAGAAAUGGUUGUGGGAGUUAAAGAAAAAAAAGCCACAAGGUAACAUGGUACAACUGUAUUGUAAAAAAAAAUUAUUGUGAAUUACUUGUACAUUUGAAUAUGUUUGGUAUAUAAUGAUAAAAGGUUAUGAGUUAAAUUGCCAGUAUUUCUCCCCAUUGUUAACAGGUAACUAUUAGAAGCUUCUAAUGAAAGUAAAUACAUGUAUAAUCAGAUAUUUUGCAAUAUUUUUGUUGUUGUGCAUGCUAUAUCUUACGUGAAUGUUAAGAUUUGCAUUUUUGAGUGACCAUUAUCUUAUUGUGGAUGGUUUUGAUCUGAAAACUUGAGGGCAUUAAAUUUAAAAGAAAGUUUUUUAAAGGAAAUACUAGUUGUUUAAUUUUUGUAUCCAUUAGACUAUCUGUUGUUUAUCAAAGUCACAUUUUCUUUCUUCAAAAUUCAGCAACCUGUAGUAACAGUGUUGUAUAAAAUUGAGGAGAAUUUUCUUUUUUAUGUACACUAAAAGUAGGAAAACCAUUUAAAAUGUUCCAAUUUUCAGUGCCAAACAUAUAAAUAUUUACUUGUAUUUGGUAUACAGACAUAAUUUUACAUGCUAUGCUAGGUAAUCUACAAAAAUUUCAUGUGUAAUUUAGUUUCCUAUAUUAAAUACAACAAUAGAUUAAGCAUUUUCUUUUUGUAUAGAACUCAAUACAUGUGUUAUUAUUUUAUCUUUAUACAUGUCUUGAGGAAAGAUUUAUUUUUCAUGUUUAUUCCACUUUAAUAAAUGCUUAAAAU